CACUUCUUUCGAGUUUGCUCCUUCAUUCCGUUCUUCUUCCGUAUUGCAGAAUCUGGGUUUGCGUGGGUGGUUUUAAGUUUGAUCAUUUAACUACCCAUCGUCGAGAAAAAUGCAUGAAAAUUGACUCAUAGUGGACAAAUUUAAAGAGAAAACACGCUUCUUGCCGCUGAAUUUCAAGUGUUGGGUUGCGAUCUAGUAGAGCUAGUGUGGUGGUUAUGGUUAUGAUCUCGCCAAAGAUAAGAAGUUGCACUUUGGAAUUAUGAUUCGUCAACUCCCGACAUUAUGUUCAAUCUUCAUACCCCCGUACCCAUAUGUUUGAUUCGUGAUUGCCUCCAUGAUGUUUGAUAAAAGUCCUCAAUCAGGGCACCGCACUUGGCAAAGUCUCUACACUGUUUAUGGGAUGUUGGUGCUUUAUAUAGCUAUUCGAUAUGUAAGAAAUAGUGGGAAAUUGCUGCUGCAGGAUUCUAGAAUGCCUUGACAAAAAUCAGUGCUGCGUAUUAAGUCUUUCUCCUUUGUCUGCAUUACGAGCUUGUGGAUAAUCCUUCCGUAUAGUUGCUUCGGAUUUUUGAGCGUAUAUGGAUGACAGGAUGAUCCGAAUUCAACAUCCAAACAUGAUUGUGUAACUCUUUAAUUUAUGAGGUGCAACAUGACUAAUCCAGUUUCCUGCAGUGUAUACAAUCUGCCCAUUUGGCUCGACCAAUCACUUUGUGUUAGGAGUGCCGUUCUUAUGCUUUUAGUCACUGUGCAACUCUUGAUAUGCCCUUGCAGGGGGCCAGUGAUUGGAGGAAACAUCAAAUUUGAUUCUAGGGCACUUGCAUGUGGGCCAUUUGCUGAUCAGUUUGGCUCUUAAAAUGUUCUUCUGAUCAGGUGAACCUUGACCAGAGUUUCUAAUACUUGCAAUGCUUAUCUCACCUAGGCUUCUCGUGGGUGAUUAUGGAAUGGUCCAUCACAGUCAGUCAAUCAGACUGCAUUGGUGAUCUAUUCGUUGAGGAACCUAUGCUUACAGCUUUCGCUGGGCCUUGUAAAGUUACGGAUAGAUUAAUUUGUAGGAUUGUUCUGAAGGACUUUUGCCAUGACGUUGAUGUGUGCUGAGAAUUGAAGGCCCCAUCUUUUGACAUAGAUAAUUUGUGGAAACCAUGCAUGUGAGAUGGCCACGACUUCUAAAUCCUACUCAGCUUUCUCAGAUACUAAAGUGCCAGAAAAAUCCAGUUACAGCUCUUGAAAUCUUCAGAGAAGCUAGACAUAAGUACCCGAACUAUCGUCAUAAUGGUCCAGUAUACUCCACCAUAAUUGGGAUUCUGGCAAACUGUGGCCGAAUUAGUGAGAUGGAAGAGGUGAUCAAUGAGAUGAAAGAGGAUUCAUGCGAGUGUGCAGAUUCCACUUUUGCAGCUGCAAUUAACACCUAUGCGAAACAUGGACUGCUUGACAAAGCUGUUGGUCUUUUCAGAAUUCUCCCACAGUUUAAUUGUGUGAACCAGACGGAAUCUUUCAAUGCCCUUCUACAGAUUUUGGUAAAAGAUUCCAGGCUUGAAGAUGCUCAUCAUCUGUUCCUACGGAACUCUCAUGGAUGGGCAGUGAAGUCCCGUCUCCGUUCCUUGAAUUUGCUCAUGGAUGCUCUAUGCCAGAGAAGGCGUUCUGAUCUCGCGCUUCGUAUUUUCCAGGAGAUGGAUUACCAAAAUUGCUAUCCCAACAGAGAGAGUUACGGUAUUCUCAUGAGAGGACUGUGCGAAGAUGGGAGGUUGAAUGAAGCCACCCAUUUGCUGUACUCAAUGUUCUGGAGGAUAUCCCAAAAGGGAAGUGGUGAGGAUAUUGCUGUUUAUAGAACCCUCUUGUCUGCAUUAUGCGAUAAUGGCCAAGUUCAAGAAGCAGUAGAAAUUGUUAGAAAAAUCUUAAAGAAGGGACUCAAAGCACUUAGGCAGCAUGUUCAGCCUCUUGAUCUUUCAAGAUGUAACAAAGCUGUAGAAUUAGAGGUGAUGAAGCGUACCAUCAAUGAUUCUUUGAUCACAGGCGGGGUCCCCAGUUCUGCUAGUUAUAGUGCCAUGGCGGUUGACCUGUACAAUGAAGGAAAGAUUAAAGAGGCAGAAAAGGUGCUUUCUGAGAUGCGCAGAAAAGGCUUUAGGCCACUGAAUUCUACCUAUGAAGCGAAGUUGGCUGCUUUUUGCAGAAACGGUGAAGUGGAAGGAGCAGCGAAUGUCAUUGAUGUGGAGAUGGUGGAGGACAACUCUGUUCCAACACAAAGACAAUAUAAUAUUUUGCUUGAAGGACUGUGUAAUCAGGGGUUUUCAGUUGUUGCUGUUGAUUAUCUAGAAAAGAUGCGUAAAAAGUUAAGUUGCACCCCUGACAAGACGUCUUAUGAAAUUCUGUUGGAUGGGCUCUGUCGCGAAGGUCGAUUUGGGACAGCAAGCAAAGUCUUGGAGCAGAUGAUUAUCAAUUCGCAUCUUCCUCAUGGUGGUAUUUUCAGUACAAUUAUUCAAGGUCUUUGUGCUAUUGGCAGGCAAUAUCAAGCUGUCAUGUGGUUGGAGGAGAUGGUCAGCCGGGGCGACGUACCGGAAGUCCCUGUUUGGAACUCCUUAGUUUCAUCUGUUUGUUGCGAAGUGAAUGGCUUCGAGGAUUUGUAGAGACUUUGGAGACAUGUUCUGGAUUCUGUAUGGUUCUGUUGCCCGUGGAAGAGCAUGCCACUAAUCAUUUUUGAUAUGUUCGAACUGCAUCUUCACAUCUUUACUCCAAAUUUUUGUGAAUCGUUUCCUUUUUCAAGGAAGUUGCAUGUUUACAUUUCUCCAUAGUUGUAACGUUUAGUACAAAUUGAUAGGGAUGAGCUCACUGUAAUUGUAUCUAAUAAAUGAAAUCAGUUGCCUUGAUUUUUGAACUUUGGAUUGCACUUUGAUGUAUCCGGAUAUUGCUAUUGUACUGAUCAAGCCAAUUCCAGUUGAACUAUGGAGGACCUUCAUUGUACUA